AUGCCUCCUCGUAGAUCAACACGCAAAAACUCAACACCUCCACCACCUCCUCCAGCUAUGGAUACCGCAAUGUUCCAAGCUGCCGUUACAGCCGCUGUAACCGCAUCAAUGGCACAAAUCAGUAACAACGGGUCAGGCGGAGGAAUAAACAGCUCCACAAAUGGCCUAAACCAAGGCCGUUCCGGGGAAUGUACUUACAAAGACUUCACUAAUAGCAAACCUAUCCCCUUUUGUGGAACUGAGGGAGUGAUGGAUCUAUCCCAAUGGAUAGAGAAAACAGAAGCUGUGUUCGAGAUUUGUGCAUGCCCUGAAGAAAGCAAAGUGAAAAUUGCCGCUUGUACUUUCUCCAAAAGAGCCCUAACGUGGUGGAACGGCUACGUCAAGGCACUAACCCUACCAGUGGCAAACUCCAUGGGUUGGGAAAACCUGAAGCAAAUGCUCCUACGAGAGUACUGUCCCAGGGGCGAGAUCCAAAAGCUCAAACAAGAACUAAGGGACCUUAAGAUGGUAGGCUCAGACAUUUCAGGCUAUACCAACAGGUUCAGUGAUUUGACGAUACUUUGCCCAGGAAUGAUGACCCUGGAAGGCCAGAAGGUGGAAAGGUAUAUCUGGGGAUUAUCACCCCAACUGCGAGGAAGUGUGUUAGCCUCAAAACCCACGACGUUCGACAACGACAAAGAACUGGCGCAAUCUCUUGUCGAUCACGGUGUCUGUCAAGAGGUAGCGACCAUCGUCGAGACAACCAAAGGAAGCGACAACCACAACAACAGUUCCAACAACAACAGCAAGAAGAAGUUCUGGAACAAGAGAAAGGGUCAAACUUCGCAGGAACCUUCAAAGAAACAAAUGACGAUAUCUAUUCAGGAAGCCAGGAAGAACACAACCAACAUCUCCGCCAAGUCUUGGAAACGUUAA